AUGUUUGCAGGGUCCGGAGGACAUGGGUGUGUUGCAUUUCUACGAGAGAAAUACAUCGAGGAAGGACCCCCGAAUGGCGGCGACGGAGGUAGCGGCGGGAGUAUCUACAUCCAAGCGGUUGAGAAUAUGACGAGCUUGCAUAAACUGGCUCGCAGAGGCGUCAUCAGGGCUGAGAGGGGGAAGAAUGGUCGCGGAAAGAGCAAAGGAGGGAAGCGGGGAGAGGAUGUCCUGAUCCAGGUCCCCGUUGGAACGGUAGUGCGGGAGGUAUCCCGGUAUGAUCCUGUCGCGGAGGAAGAGGUUAAUCAUAAAAUGCGGAGGAAACCAACGGUCGAGGAUGGUGUGGAUGAGUUGGAUGAGAUGGGACUUUCGUCUAUCCGCCACGACCGCUGGGUGCUAUAUCCUGGAGCCAAACCGUCGGAUUUCUUGACAACGGUGUUUCCGGAUAAUCCGCCUCGACGGCCGCAGAUUGCUGCGUUGGAGCCUAAGGCGCCGAUUCAUCUUGAUCUUUCGAGCCCAAUGGACAAACCGAUUUUGCUGGCUGCUGGGGCUGUCGGUGGAUUGGGAAAUCCUCACUUUGCUUCUCGCACAAACACCAAGCCGAAUUUCGCAUCCAGGGGAGAGGGCGGUGUUCGUCUGGAACUGGACUUCGAAUUGAAAUUACUGGCAGAUGUGGGGUUGGUAGGGAAACCUAACGCUGGGAAGAGUACACUGCUUCGGUCAUUGACCAACAGUCGUACGCGCAUCGGAGACUGGGAGUUCACCACGUUAUCCCCGAGUAUUGGUACUGUGGUGAUCGACGAUUACAAAGGGAGACCUCUGGUUGAGAGCAGAUCGAAACGAACCAAUUUCACAAUCGCAGACAUCCCAGGAUUGAUUGAAGAUGCGCAUCUAGAUCGUGGUCUGGGACUGGGAUUCUUGCGUCACAUCGAGCGAGCAGGUAUUCUUGCUUUCGUGGUUGAUCUCCACGCCGGAGAUCCCAUUCAAGGGCUCAAUAACCUAUGGCACGAGCUCCGCGAGUACCAACAGGUCCGUGAAACUGAGCUGGCUUCGGAAGACGACACGACUUCAUUCGGUCUAUCUACCCAUGGCCUCCCAGAGCUCGAAGCAGAACGACAAGAGAUGCGCGCAUCUAAGUCUUUGGACGGUCCCAUCAACGUCCCGUUCAGUCCCAAUGACCCCCUUCCGUCCCUUGAACACCCACCUAUCCACACGAAGCCAUGGUUUGUCGUGGCUACUAAGGCUGAUUUGCCGGAGACUCAGCAGCGAUACAAGGAGUUACGGGAGUAUCUCUCGGACAUUGAGAAAGGCGAGAUCGAGCACCCUUGUGGACAGCAAGAUGGAUGGAAGAAGAAGCUGGUUACUGUUCCUGUGAGCGCGAUUAGAGGAGAAGGUGUUGAUCGCAUUCCGAAAUUGGUUAUGGAGUUUUUGGAUUGA